AGCAAAAUAUGUAAAAAAUGGCGAUUUUUAAUAUUUUAUUGGCUUCGUCCACAAGUAAGUUUGUUUUUCAAAUAACCUGACAUUUGGACAGCAAAACAGGAAAGAAAUAGAUGUAGUUUCCUGUAAAGGAUUCCUAUUGUUCUCUCUUUUUUUCUUUUUUUUUGCCUCCUUCCAGAAAACCACUUUUAUUUCUUAAACCCGCCUCCUUUUUCAGGAAGUGAUGGUUUUGGACAGUUAUUAAAAAUGCUUCCUCGGCUUUGGGCAAAGUAAGAGAAUUACCUAUAUUCAGGAUCUCCAGGUCCACUUUGAACAAAGCACCAGUCAGCCGUCAUGGAGACUUCACUGCCCGUCUUCCUUCUUGCCCUAUUGGUUAUUAGAGGAUUGUCCCUGGAAUGUGAAGAAUGCAUAGGAAUAGAUGAUUGUUCUGGGGAUAAGUUGCCAUGUGGUUUGGGGAAAGACAAAUGCAGUGUUACUAAUAUGGCUCUCCCAAUAGGACUAUCCGUGACUAUAAAAUCCUGCGUCUCAUCCGACGUCUGUGACAAAGGCGUUCAAGUCAUUAAUCUGGGCCAGAGAAAACAUCUUAUUGCCCACUUGAGAUGCUGUGAAGGAGAUGGAUGUAGAGACAUCCCUCCAAGUAUAUCAGAAUUGCCCAAGAAGGCCACAGAAAAUGGGAAGCAGUGCCCAGCAUGCCUUGCAAUUCAGGGAACGUGUGAUGAAAAAGUUAUUGAUUGCAGUGAAGAUGAGCUGUAUUGUGCUGGAGGACUAAUAGUUACAUCUACUCUGGAGUUCAGUUUGAAGGGAUGUGCAAACAAAGCUUUCUGUGAUAGUUUGGUUGCAUAUGAAGCCAUGGCUCCUGAGAACAAUGGACAUCACGCUAUCCAAUGCACAUCAAACUCGUCAAUUCACCAGGAGGAGUUCUCAAACUUUACUAGAAUUGGAAAGUCCUCUGGGGUGGUUAAUACCAAUCCCAGAUGGUUUGGACUCUUCAUCACUAUUUUUUCUGGCUUGAUUUUUUUCCAAGUGUAAAGAUUUCAUUAUAGGAGAAAAGCCAAGCUGGUCUAUGGUAUUCUGAAAUCUGGAAUCUGGUGACACUUUUUCAGCGAAAAAAGUUCAUUAAAAGCAAUAGUUUUUGUGAGCUGUAGCUUACCGUACAUCCGAUGUAUGCUUCAUUAGAUGCUUUAAAUCAUCAGAUCACCUAAAGAUUCAGUGAUCCAGCUUGCUUCCAGCUUCUGUAUCUUCUACAAUCAUAGAUAUUUCAAAGGGAAAUCAGUCAAAGUUCAUUAUUCAGAGGCUCAGAGCACUUGACUUAGUGUUUCUGAUGUCCAUUAGAGUCCUCUAACAAUAGAGGACAGGCCAAUAAGCUGUAAUGCUGUCACAAAGUCUAAUGGUGAGAAUUAAUGUUCAACUGUGGUUCUCAUUCAUGAUCAGAUGGGUGGACAGUCUUCCCUUCCCUUCAGCACCAGCCAAGACAGUUUUUCUUCUUCUUGGCUCUAGAAACAAACUCAAAGGUUGCAAUUAGUAGCAUUGAUUAGGAAGAAAGAGGAUAGUUACCACCCAAGAACUCCAGCAAGGGUUUGAUUUUCAUGUAAAGCUUCUUUAUAACAAUUUAUUCCAAUGCCAACAUCUUUUCCCAUUUUUUAGGGGAAAAGGAAGAGAAAGGAAGAGAAACAGGGUUGAAAGCUUCAUUUUUCCAGAAAAACGUACCUGCUUAUAAUUUUGAGAACCGUCAGCCCCCAUAUGGGUCUAACCUCAUGCCUAUCAGAUGUUUUUUAUUAGAACCUAUUGUAGUAUAAAAUAAUGAAGGAAAUAAAGAUGGAAAUCGUGAUCAGAAAGGAAAGGGGAAGGAAGGUUAAAAAAAAAGGAAUGACUUCCAAUUCUUUUUAGUGCAGUACAAUACAAAAUGCAGUUGUCAUCUCAACUUUUUGCUUUAUAUUUCUUCUAGAUGCAAGCCAUUAACAACAUUAGUCUUCGAAACCGAAGGUCAAAGUUCUAUUUUUUUUUCAUUUCGAGCAUAAAGUUCAGAAGUGGCUUCCAGGUGGAAACAAACUGGAUAAGUUCUUCUCUUUCAUUAAAACAGCUUUGACACCCCCAUCAUUUUUUCUACCCAUUUUUCCUUGUGGUGAUUGAUGUAUGUUUUGUAGCCAUUCUCAAUAAAAGCGGUCAGUCUUCCUGUUGA